AUGUUAGGUUCAGGGAUAUUUGCAUUGGCUCCAGGUAUUUAUAGAGAUUGUGGGAAUUCUGUGUUUUGGUUCUUGGCCAGUUGGCUGAUAGCAGGCAUCAUGUCAUUCUGUGGGAUGUAUGUUUAUCUUGAAUUAGGGAGUAUAAUUCCUCGAUCUGGAGGGAAUAAAGUAUUCCUUGAAUAUAUUUAUAAAUCACCUAAAUUAUUAGCCACAGUUUCAUUUCUGGUGUUUAGUGUGAUCUUUGGAUUCUCCAUAUCAAAUGUGCUUAUAUUUGGUGAAUAUUUCUUGCACUCUAUUGGAUUGAGUACACCAACUGAUACUCAAAUAAAGGUUUGUGGAUUAAUCUUUUUAUACAUUGUCGCCGCAUUCCAUGGAGUUAGCAUUCAUCUGGGAGUCAAAGUUCAAAACUUUUUAGGGGCUUUGAAAGUUGGAAUGUUGGUGUUUUUCAUUUUGGCUGGGUCUUACUCAAUUCUUCAACCUGAUAAACAAGAACUACAUUGGAGAGUUAACCCCAUAGGAGGACCUAUGAGUGUUACUUCAUUCACUAGUGCUACUAUUAGAGCCACUUAUGCCUUUUCAGGUUGGAACACAGUUCACAACGUGACCAAUGAAAUUAAAAACCCUAAUAGAACAUUUAAAAUAGCUGGUCCAACUUCUUUAAUACUUACAACUGUAAGUUAUGUUUUGAUCAAUUUGGCAUAUUUAUUAUCGAUCCCAGAGAAGGAAUUUUUGGAAUCAGGGACUUUGGUGGGCGCAAGAUAUUUCCAAACCUUAUUUGGUGAAGGGUGGGGUCAAAAGAUUCUUGUAUUUAGUGUUGCUUUAAGUACUGGAGGAAACAUUUUUGUUGUGUUGUACACUUUAGCUCGUACUAUUCAAGAAGUCUUUAGAGAUGGCUAUUUACCCUUUGGAUCCAUAAUGGGUAGUAAUAAACCGUUUGGGGCCCCCUUACCAGCAAUCGUUUUAAGUUGUACUUUCAGUACAAUUGUUAUGAUAUUGUUUGCUGGAGGUAACUUUUAUGAAUAUAUCAUUGCCUUGGAAAGUUACCCUCAACAAAUAUUCACCUUCUUGGUUGCAUUGGGUGUUUUCAUCCUCAGAAAACGGGAUCCUCAAUUCAGAGCUCCUAUCAGAUCAACAAUGAUUGGGACAGGCUUGUUUAUGUUGAUUUGUGUCUACUUGUCAGUAUCACCAUUGUUUGGUAAUUCCAAUCCUCCAGGUACAGAAUCUUGGAUAAGUUAUCCAAUUUUAUCACUUUCUAUUUUGGGAUGGUGUACAUUUUAUUGGUUUAGUAUGUUUGUAAUUGGACCCAAAUUGGGCAAUUACAAGUUGGAGAAGAAGAAGGUUACAUUAGAAGACGGCAUGGUGAUACAGAAAUGGGAAAAGAUCAGCAUUGAUAUCAAGAUGCUACCCUUGGAAUAUCUUAUAAGACUAGAUAACGAGUUCACUCUGUUCUUAAGACAACACUCGUUCACAGCCAACCUUAUCAGCACCACAGUAUCUGAGAUCAUCACCAAAUUCCUAUUCAUAUGUUUGGUGGGACUUAUACUGUAUGAGACCGUUUAUUGGCUAGGGAUCAAAAUAGGAAUAUGGGAGUAUCAUGCCAGCGACAUAUUUAAGGAGAUUCCAGUACAUUGUGCUCAUGUAUAUUGUCGAGUUAACGUGAUACGUUCUAAAGAUUUGACUAAAUUGAACGAGUAUUAUCAAUUAAAGCAUUCCAGUAAUGCAUUUACAACUUGGACAAGAGAAACAAAAUUACUGCUGGAGAUAUUUGUACUUCCAAAGUUUGUCAAGUAUCAUUUUGAGUUUAGUCCUCAAGAUUUCGAAAUGAAUAAAGAACCUGAGUGGGGGUCCACUGUUUCUCAUUUAAGACAGAAAAUCAUCACCUUGUUUAAUGAUCUGGAUGUCUACAAGCAAUUGCGUCAACAGCAGCCGCAAAAAUUGACAUCUGAAGCUGUUCUCGUCUAUGAUCCAAAGUACCUUGAAGUUAAGAGCGAUUCAGAUGACGAAUAUUUGAGUAAGGUUGGCAUUGAAACCGGUAGUGUCAUUGAUACAGUUAUUCAAAUAUGA